AUUCCGUACACACUUUCCAGUUCCCAGACGUCCCGGCAAUGGAUUUGUCCACCGGAGUUGCUCUUUUGAGCAUGUUCAGCUUAAAUAUUCAACUGGAACCUUCUCCUGGCGAGAUGGAGAAAAGAUAUGAAGCUGAGACCAAACUCCGCGAGGACAUUACAAAACGAUUCGAUGACACAAUGCCCAUCAAGAAAGACGGAUACCUCCAACUGAUUCCUCUACUUCACGUAGAUCAUAUCCAUGAUAUACAAGAUGAACAGGGUGUCUUGAAAAUGGCUCUGACAUUCACUUUUACUUGGAUGGAUGAACGCCUCAUGUGGAAUCCGUCAAACUACUCAGGAAUCCGAACUUUCUCAACAACACGCCACGAGAUGUGGAGAAAAAAGUUCUGGACUCCAACCUUGAUGAUGACCGAUGUACCAAAUUCACGCAGACCAUCUGACGUUUUCAAGCCUUUCGAUAUGGAUAUCUACAUCUCCUCAAGUGGAAUGGUCCGGACAAGUGCUCGAAUGAUGCUCACAAUCCCGUGUCGCACUGGAUUCGGAAGCUAUCCGAAUGACUACAAAAACUGCACAUUCACACUGAUGUCACCGUAUUACGCAGAUCAAUUCCGCUUCGCCCAAUGGGGUGGCGCCGAGUUCACCAGAUACCUGAUGUCCUCCCGUGUGACCGAUGUUCUAGACUUUCAGCUGAUCAACAUAGAUACUCGGAACUAUUACAUGUUCUUGGGCUCAGAAGUUGUUGACGAUUUUUCCAAGUUCAAGCCGAGACAUUGCCGAUCAUUUUAUCGAUACAAUUUGGUACUGAAAAGGGUCAACAAAUUUGUGAGUGUACAGCUUAUUGCACCGAUUUCGGUGAUUGCGGUUUUCCUCGCGAUUUCCGGCUUCCUACCCCACUUCUACGGUCUAGUUUGUGCUGGAAGCGCAUUAGUAUAUGAAACUAUCUUCACCUAUGAUGUCGAGCAAGUUCUGCCAAAAGAUUAUAGUGGAAUGCCAAUGAUUGCAAUCCUCCUGUGUUUCCUUUUCGCCGAGACAAUUGUGCUCCUAGCCUGGAAAGUGUUCUCAAUAAACACGCGAAGUCACACAGUUUUCACAGCAUUUCCAGAAUAUUUCGAUGAUGAAAUUACGUCCAAAAAGGAGAAGCUUCUGAAGUUCGUGAUUUGGGUUGACAAAUUUCUGAUGGUCGCACUUUUCGUUCAAAGUUUUGUUGUCAUGUAUUUGGCUCGAAUCUGAUGUGAUCUAAUAAAGUUUUUGAAAUGAAACAGCAAAUUU